AUGGCCACCAAUUCUUACACGGUAGACGCGGCUGUUCUCGCUGCCUCCAUCGGCUCGGCAGUCAUCUACCAGGCCAUGGUCCGCGCAGCGCCGAGCUUUUCGCGCAUGGUCAUCAAGACAGCUUCGACAGCCCUCCUAUCGAUCUUCACCUACCUUCGCGGCGGACCAGCUCUCUUGGUGGGUGCUUUGGCCCUGGGCUCAACAGGUGACGCUUUUCUGGCAUGGAACGAUGAUAAAUCUUUUCUGUUCGGUCUGUCGAGCUUCCUGGUUGCGCACAUCUUGUACAUCAUUCACUUUCUCCACGCUGGUCCAGGUGCGGGGGAUAUCGUUUCCAAACUCCAAGUGCUGCAAAACGGCGAUACAUGGCGUCUUGGAACUGCGGGGGCUUUGAGUAUGUUGGUUCCCGUUAUGAUUGUGCAGCUGAUGCCCAAGGUCGGCAAAGACCUGCGAGCGCCAGUUGCCGUGUACUCGUUGACAAUUCUUGUCAUGGUUUUGAUGGCGCUCACGUUGGAGAGCAGGGAGAUUGUCACCGGAGCGGUCAUGUUUGCAAGCUCAGACUCGAUUCUGGCGGCGGGCAGGUUCUUGGUUCCGGCGACAUCUGCACACCAGGGCUGGAUGCAUCAUGCUGUUUGGGUCUUGUACUAUGGUGGGCAGUUUCUGAUUGCACUGGGGGCCGUUGCAAGAGUUUGA